CACUCGAUCCCAUCUGAACAUCUGGUUUGAAUACGAAUAUUCUUGUGUCUCAAAUCUAUCCGCGGCCUCUCUGUUCCUGACUCUCUCCCAUCAUUAUUCAUUGCUCCUCUAGAACCUCUAAUGGGGAAAAAGAAGGUUCUGGUUCCCAUCUUCUUUGAUCUGAUCUGCUUGUUCAAUCUUCUAACUGGAAUCCAAGGGUUUCAAAGUUCAGCUCAACAUCUCCAACAAAAUGUUCAGCAAGGAGGUCUUGGGCUUUCAAAGAUGUUUGUGUUCGGAGACUCUUACGCAGACACAGGGAAUAUCGGGAAAUCAGUAUCAAGUUCUUGGAAGCCACCGUAUGGAAUCACUUUUCCCGGUAAACCAGCUGGUCGUUUUUCCGACGGCCGCGUCCUUACCGACUAUCUAGCAUCAUUUAUGGGAAUAAAGUCGCCAGUAACAUACAAAGGGAGGAAGAUGGGGAGGAAAACAGCGAGAUACGGGAUGAACUUCGCUUACGGAGGGACGGGUGUGUUCCAGACGCUUGUCCCUGAACCAAACAUGACCACCCAGAUCCUCUUCUUCCAACGCAUCGUCCACGAUAACGGACUCUACACCGCCGCCGACAUUGCCUCCUCUCUCGCUCUCGUCUCCCUCGCUGGCAACGAUUAUGGUGCUUAUUAUGCCCGUGGUGGCUCUGCCCAGGGUCUGCCGGCUUUCAUCACAUCGGUGAUUAAUCAACUGGCUUUGAACCUAAAACAAAUUCAUGACAUGGGAGUGAAGAAAAUAGCCGUUACAGCUCUAGAGCCCAUGGGAUGUCUUCCUCAGAGCACAGUUACCUCUUCUUACCAGCAGUGUAAUGGAUCUCAGAACACGGCCGUCAAUCUCCACAACCUCCUGAUGCAACAAGCUGUAGCAAAGUUGAACAAUGAGACUAAGGACUCUGCUUUCCACAUCCUUGAUCUCUAUGGCGCCUUCAUGUCCACAUUCAAAACACAAGGUGAAAGCAAAACCUCUCUCUCUCUCUCUCUCUCUCUCUCACUAAUUAAUACCAGCUCUGAUGUGGGGAUUUGUAUCUGUUGUGUAGGGAUUGGCAUAUUGAAGCCUUGUUGCGUGGGUAUGAAGGAGGAGUUCUCUUGUGGGAGUGUGGAUGAGAGGGGUGUAAAGCAGUACACAGUGUGCGAGAACCCUGACUCUUCAUUCUUUUGGGACGAUGUUCAUCCUUCACAGUCGGGUUGGCGUUUUGUCUAUUCAGCUUUGCAAGCUUCUCUAUACCAACUGUAAUCCGUAACUCCAUUCAGUUUCUGUUUCUGAAAGCUAAUGACUUUGCCUCGUGAACGUCCAUAAUCAUAGUCCUUAAUUCUCUCUCUUUCCAA